AUGCGGCUCCUUAAUCCAUUGGCAGUCCUCGGACUGUCAUCAUUAGUGUCUGCCGUCUUCCAAGACGAGGUUGGCGAAGUCGACUUCCACCAUGCACUCUUCGGUCUGCCACAACAAGAAACAACCUUCUUCCACCGGCCGAGGAAAGAAGACAAAGCGAGCCUACUAUUCACAUCGGGCGACGCGGGUGUCUUUGGAGCUGUGAACCCUGGCAAUGGCCAGGUUGUGUGGAGGCAUCAAGUCCCUGAUGCUGACGCACCAGGCGCGGGGCACCUGCGCGCGGCUGAAGGCGAGGAUUGGGUCGCGGCAGCACAUGGGUCGUCAGUGCAGGCUUGGAACGCGCUGACGGGACGUAAUGUCUGGCACAUGGAGUUUGCGGGUCAAGUGAAGGACCUCGAAAUCAUGGAGAUUACCGAGACGGCUCGGAAGGAUGUCUUGGUUUUGUUCGACGAAGAGGGCGUCACAGUCCUGCGCAGGCUUCAUGGGACACUCGGGACAGUCGUCUGGGAAUUCCGCGACCACAACAAGGAUAUGCCUCUCCAAGUAUCGACCGAUGCGGCCCACAUCUACGUGAUCAGCUUGCACGGAUCACCUGCCUCGUACAGCCUCAAGAUCACGUCAUUGGAUACUCUUACCGGCACGCGCGUUCACGACUGGAACGUCGGCACAAAGGGCGAGGUGCACAAGCCAGAGGAUGUCAUGUUUGUUGGUGCGAACUCUGUUGCCCCUAUCCUGGCCUGGACGGACAGCUCCCUGUCGAAGCUCAACGUCCACGUUCUAGGCGCGAAGAACAAGCUGCAAGAGAUCCCUCUCGCGUCCGAUACGACAGCUGCCAGCAUCCAUGCGCCUCACAAGCCCAACUCACAGCCUCAUUUUCUCGUUCAUACCAAGAGCACUGGUGGGAACCGCGCCGAGGUGUACCACAUCAACUUGAAAAAUGCGCAGAUCACCAAGGCAUACGAGCUGCCCCAUCUCAAAGCCGAUAGUGCUUUCUCCGUCAGCUCCGAGGGAGCAAAUGUAUACUUUGUCCGUGUCGCAGAAGAUGAGGUUAUCAUCACUUCCUCGGACGGCCCUGGAAUCUUGGCGAGGUGGCUCCUGAAGAAGGAACACCAACUCAAGCCUGUCCAAGCCGUGUCCGAGGUGAUCAGGAAGCCUGGAGGUGACGAGUUUGCACUACGCUCUGCUGCUCUGACCGCUGACGAGCAGUGGGUGAUGGUGCGCAAUGGAGAGAAGGAUUGGACCCGCCACGAGGGCCUCAGUGGCGCUGUGGCUGCCGUGUGGGCUGAGAUCCCGGAGGCAGCAGACCUGGCUAAGGUGUUGGAGGAGGAGGCACACACCAGAAACCCCAUGUCUGCCUACAUUCAUCGAGUGAAGCGACAUGCGAGCGACCUCCAGCACUUACCUGCGUGGCUGCAAUCUGUCCCCUCGAGGUUCAUGGAAAGUGUCUUUGGGGACGGCGCGGCACGGAAGGAGGAAGGUCUGGUGAGAGACUCCUUUGGCUUCAACAAGAUCAUUGUCUUAGCUACGCGUCGUGGCAGAUUCUACGGCCUCAGCACUGGUGGUCGCGGCGAAGUUAUUUGGUCGUCUUUGGUCUUCCCUCAGAAAGGCCAUGAGGAGCUCAACGUGAAAGGUCUCGUCUACCAUGACGGUCCCUCCAGCACCGUCAUUGUCAGCGGGUCCAAGGGCGAGUACGCUGAGAUCAACGCUGCCACGGGCGAAGUCCUUCAGCUUGCAACGGUUGGCACAGCUGCGGACGUUGCUAGCACUGCUUAUGUCAAGGGCUCCAACGGCCAUUGGCUCCUGUCAUUGGGCCCAGAUGGCAAUGCCGUCAGCGACAUGACGGUCGAGUCUGCCCCCAACGACACCUUGGUGAUCCGCAGCGAGGAUCAGAAGAUCCUGAAAGGCAUCCGGUUCGUCCGCGAUGGCGACUCUGUCUCUAGGCAGGAUAUCUGGCAGCACCAGGUUCUCCCCGGUCAGCAGAUUGUCGAGAUUGCCACGCGACCCCUUCACGACCCCGUUGCCUCUAUCGGACGUGUGCUUGGGGAUCGUCAGGUCAACUACAAGUACCUCAACCCCAACAUGAUAGUUGUUGCUGUCAUCGAUGACGCUGCCAGUACUCUCGUCAUCAAGACCAUCGACACUGUCUCCGGCCAAGUCCUCUCUUCGCAGUCAUACGAUGGAGUCGAUACUACCAAGGACGUGUCCUGCACCAUGGCUGAGAACUGGCACGUGUGCUCUUUCUUCGGGCAGUUCACGCUCACCGACGGCACGAACCGCCAGGUCAAGGGCUACCAAGUUGUCGCCACCGACCUCUACGAGUCCCCUUCGCCUAACGACCGAGGCCCGCUGGGCGACGCCGCGGAGUUCUCCUCAUUGAACCCCGUCGACACGCCGACUGGCGCACCACUGCCGUGGGUCGUGACUCAGAGCUGGGUGACAAGUCAGCCCCUGACGCAUCUCGCCGUGACGUCCACUCGUCAGGGCAUCGCUAACCGCCAAAUCAUGGCACUCCUGCCCGAGAGCCAAGCAAUCGCUGCUAUUCCCCGCCAGGCGGUUGAUCCUCGCCGCCCAGUCGGUCGCGAUCCUACCGCUGCUGAGAUGGAGGCUGAAGGUCUGAUGAGGUAUCAUCCUUCCCUUGAGAUUGAUCCCCGCAGCAUCAUCACCCACGAGCGAGACGUACUCGGCGUCAAGGGUAUUCUUGCUAGCCCCGCCAUUGUCGAAAGCACGAGCUUGGUGAUUGCAUAUGGUGGAGAUAUCUUCGGCACCAGGGUGGCCCCCAGUGGCGCGUUCGACAUCCUGGGCCGUGGCUUCGGCAAAGCGACGCUGAUUGCGACGGUACUGGCGUUGUUUGGUGGCGUUAUGUUCCUUGCACCCAUGGUGAGGAGGAAACAGAUCAAUAUGCUGUGGGAGGCUCCGUCUUAA